CCUAAUUAAAAUAAUUUGCACCCAUGAUGUGGAGACUGUGUGCAGGAACUUCCAAUCUCAUCUAAAAUUUUUUUAAGAAGAGCUACUAACAAAAAAAAUUUAUACUAUAAUAACCUCAUGCAUUAAGUCUAAUACAUAAACAUAACACAACAGAUAUGGCCGUAUUAAACUCAAAUCCAGAGAUUCUCUUACGUAAGAGAAAGAACGCUGAUAGAAAGAGAAUCGAGAAACAAGAAGCAGCUCAUGAAAAGUUAUUAAAGCAAAAGAGACAAAGAAAAUUAAAUCAAAAGAAGAAAUUCAUAAGAGCAGAAACAUUAGUUAGUAAUUUCAAAUCUAAUGAAUUAGAAAAGAAAAGAAUCAGAAAUUUAACUAAGAAGCAACAAAAGGAUAAGCUUUCUCAAGAAGAUGAUGUAGAAGCAACCGAAGGUGAUGCUAAAUUAUUAUUUAUUAUUAGAAUUCCAAAUCAUACUAAGGGAUUAAAAAUUCCAAAUAAAGCAUCUAAGAUCUUAAAUGUUCUUAAAUUAACUCAAACUAAUACGGGUGUGUUUGUCAAGGCCACUCCUUCUACAUUUGCAUUAUUAAAUUUGAUUGCUCCUUAUAUUAUAAUUGGUAAACCUUCAUUAGCUCUGAUUCGUCAAUUAUUUCAAAAGAGAGCAUGUAUAUUAACUCCAUCAGAAGAUGAAAAUGAACCAGCUAAAGUUACUAAAUUAGAUAAUAAUCAAUUAGUUGAAGAUAAAUUUGAAGAUUUAGGUUUAAUCUGUAUAGAAGAUUUAGUUCAUGAAAUCAUUAAUUUAACUGAAAAUUUCAUUUCAAUUACUUCAUGGUUAUUACCCUUUAAAUUAAAUCCUCCAGUUAAUGGUUGGGGUCCACAAGCAAAAUUAGCUAAAUUAAUUUAUAGUGAAGAAAAUUCAAAGAAAUCAAUUAGUUUAAGUCAAGAUUUUAUACUUAGUGAAGUUGAAGAUAUUGAUAAAAUUAUUGAUCAACAAAAUUAAUGAAAGAGUUAAUUAUAUAUAUUGUAUAUUAGAUAGGAAUAGACGAUCCUUAUGAGAAUGAUAGUUUUUACAUAAAUUUUGUAAUUAA